AAGAAGCAGCCAAAGGGCUAGAAUUCCAAGAUAGUAGUGAUAAAGAGUAUGAAGAUACUGGCUAUGGCUACUAUAACCCCAACUUGGCUCUAACUAUUGUUGAUGAAAUAUCAAUGAAGAUGAAAAAAUCUUUUCUGAAUUUACUGCUAACUUUAAAAAUCCAGAGUAGUCUCAAGAGUUGA